GUAAUCGGUGCGUGCGGUCGCAAAAAAACUUUGCUCCGUCAUAUUUUGUUCGAUUUUCGUAAUUUUUUUUUUAAGUUUCAUACAAAUGUUGGGUAAUGACCCUGAAAUGAAUCUGUAUCUAAAAGAAUCUGGACAUUGAAUUUUAAAUCGCGAUGGAUCGGUUUUGUUGAUAGAGAAAUUUGGAGUCAAUUUUGUAGUACACGCAAAGAAAAUCCGGUGAACGUUGAAUGCUCAAACGGCUUGUCCCAUCCGAUGUUCACAACUGUGUACAUCGAAUGGUCAGAUUUAGAAAUUUACACUAACACCAUCACAACAAUUAUCAAAGUGUGCGUGUGUUUCAAUGCGAAGCUUCAUUGAACAGCGAACUUCUUCUUUUGCAACCUUCGAAUAGCGAAGACUUGUUUUUGUUAACGCUUGACAAUUGCAGUUUGUUUUGAUAUUUUCACGCGCGGUUUUUUUAGUCACGGUGAAUUUGCGUUCAAAAUAGUUUUUAUCGGCAAAUAACACCAAGUUUGAAGCAAAAACUGGCCCACAAAAGCCGGCCGGGGUAAGUUUGACCGAUUCCCGACUGUUUAAAUAAGUGUCUGCUUUGUUUACAGGUUUCAGGAUAACGCGAUAUUUUUCGUUCCAGUGAAGUUUGCUACAAAACAACUCAUCAACGCAAGUACGCUCGAAUCUUCCGUCUUGUCCGGCGUUGUUCCGACGUCCACUGGGAGUUGCGCUGGAAGUCAAACUGCACCGUACCAGUGGAAACGGCUGGAGGGAAUUUGGCUGCACUACGAGGCGUUGAAUUGUGGCGAAUUCGUGUACUAUACGGUGUCACGCCAGAUCCGUUGUUGGGUUGGGUUGUUCGAAUGGUGCAAAAAGCCAAGAAGGAUGACGUGCUGCGGUUUUUACGGUGGAAAUGCUUCAGGUGAGCUUUUUUCUGGUGCAGCCAGGUGCCACCUAACUCCAUCGGCCGCAGGGGGACAAACAGUAGCCUCCGAGUACUCGGUGCUGUGCUUUAGGGAGUAGUCCACGUGCGGCAAACGAUCCAAGCAUAAAAGGUACACUUGACUUUACUGAUCUCCCAGCGCCCGUUGGCCAUCACGGCAGGUUCGUCAGAUGCGUUCAUGUGGUAGAGAAUGUACUUGUGAAGUGAACCCUGCAGCGUGUGAUUCUUUGGAAACAACGCCCUUGGGCAACUUCCGGGAACUUUGCCUCGCACCUUACCCUUGACGCAGUAUUCCCGAGCAAUUCACACCAAGCACUCAACCCACAAAUACUUACCCUCGGAAAACCAAUUGAAGAUCAGACCAUUCUUGAACAUUUACUCACUACUCGCUGAACUAAAAUUAUAAUUUACUUUCAGAUCAACCCGAUCACAGCUGCAACGUUGACGACUCCUCUCGAAGCAGGACGAAAAUCUCUACGACUAAUUCGGCUAACGAAUGCUGGCCCGGGUGACAACCACUCGGCUUCGUGGGCUGGUAAACCGGUGAUCACAAGCGCAAGUCGGUCCGCUGUUGCAUCGUUGACCAAACCUGCCGGUGCUGGCGUUGAACAUGCUGAGGGAGGGUCAGAAGAUUCGCGGACUGACGGAUACGACCAUGCCGCGCCGUCUCGGACCGAAGCCUGCGACCAACAUCCGCAAGCUGUACAACUUGGCCAAGUUUGUGGUGAAGUACCCGCUGCCGGAGGAGGACGGCAAGAAGGCUAAGUCAAAACGCCCAAAAUCCAGCGUCUUAUCACGCUGGUGGUGCUUCAAGGCAAGAGACAUCGUCUGGUCAAGAAGAAGCGUUGCGUCACGACCGAGUACAUGAAAGUGCUGGCCCUGCGCCGUCGGAGCGUAUCUGCCGCCGGACCCGACUGUCUUCGAUGCGUGAAUCGCUCAACUCACUGGGAUCCGAGAAGGAGACGGACAAGACUGAUCGAAGCUGCCAAGAAGCGCGACGAGGCCAAGA